UUUAAUUACAUAACAUAACUAAAAAGUAAAAGAAACCUCACUUUCAUUAAUCCACUCACCAUUUCCUUUUUCCUCUUCAUUUCUCUGCUUUUUCAUUACACUAAGAUGGGCGAAGAGCACCACCAUGCACCGCCGCCGGUUCAGGCGCCUCCGCCGGGUCCGCCGCCGCCGAAUCUAGCACUCUCCAGAGGGCCUGUCUGGAAUCCAGCUGAGCAACUCUCGCAACUUCAGUAUUGCAUCCACUCCAACCCUUCGUGGCCGGAAGCGCUUCUACUGGGUUUUCAGCACUACAUUGUGAUGCUUGGAACAACGGUUCUGAUUGCAACCACGCUCGUGCCUCUAAUGGGUGGGAACCAUGGUGACAAGGCUCGCGUGAUUCAAUCUUUGUUGUUUAUGUCUGGGGUGAACACACUGCUUCAGACUUGGUUUGGGUCUAGGCUUCCGACGGUGAUGGGUGGAUCCGUUGCUUUUUUUCUUCCAGUAUUGUCCAUUAUAAAUGAUUACACUGACAGGACAUUUCCUUCUGAACAUGAGAGGUUUACCUACACAAUCAGAACAAUUCAAGGAUCCCUAAUUGUAUCUUCUUUCGUCAAUAUCUUCCUUGGGUUUAGUAAGACUUGGGGAAAUUUGACAAGGUUGUUUAGUCCCAUAACCAUUGUACCUGUGGUAUGUGUGGUGGGUCUUGGUCUGUUCUCCAGGGGCUUUCCAUUGCUUGCAAAUUGUGUGCAGAUUGGAUUACCUAUGCUCAUUCUACUGGUCAUAACUCAGCAGUAUAUGAAGCGUAUUCAUUCUGCUGCUCAUCAAGUACUCGAGAGGUUUGCUUUACUUUUCUGCAUUGCUGUUGUCUGGGCGUUUGCUGCUAUCCUAACUGUGGCUGGUGCAUACAAUAAUGCUAAAACAAACACCCAAGUGAGUUGUCGCACGGAUCGCUCAUACCUUAUGUCUUCCGCUCCUUGGAUUAAAAUUCCAUAUCCAUUCCAGUGGGGUACCCCAAUAUUCAAAGCUAGUCAUGUCUUUGGGAUGAUGGGGGCAGCACUUGUCUCUUCUGCUGAGUCAACUGGUGCUUUCUUUGCUGCAGCCAGACUUUCUGGUGCAACACCACCGCCUGCACAUGUUCUCAGUCGAAGCAUUGGGCUGCAGGGCAUUGGCAUGCUGCUUGAAGGCAUAUUUGGUUCUGUUGUUGGCACUUCUGUAUCUGUUGAAAAUGUUGGUCUACUUGGUCUAACGCAUAUAGGGAGCCGCAGAGUGGUGCAAAUAUCAUGUGGUUUUAUGAUCUUCUUCUCUAUAUUUGGGAAAUUCGGAGCCUUUUUCGCAUCGAUUCCCCUACCAAUAUUUGCUGCUAUAUACUGUGUUCUAUUUGGUAUUGUGGCUGCUGUUGGGAUUUCUUUUAUACAGUUUGCAAAUACCAAUUCCAUAAGAAAUAUCUAUGUUCUGGGUCUAACCUUGUUUCUUGGGAUAUCAAUACCACAAUAUUUUGUCAUGAACACAGCACCUGAUGGUCAUGGUCCAGUUAGAACAGAUGGUGGAUGGUUCAAUGACAUUUUGAACACCAUAUUCUCAUCUCCCGCAACUGUGGCUAUAAUCGUUGGGACAAUAAUUGACAACACACUUGAAGGCAAACAAACAGCUGUGGACAGAGGACUUCCAUGGUGGGGUCCAUUCCAGAAUAGGAAGGGAGAUGUUAGAAAUGAGGAGUUCUAUCGUCUACCUCUCAGGAUAAAUGAGUAUAUGCCAACUAGAUUUCUCUAAACCUUAUCUCUACAUGCUUCUACUUAACCCCCUUCUGUAAGCUUAAUGACCUUGUAUAAUAUGGAUAAACAAAAUUUUCAUCAUUGCCUUGGUUCACCACAUAAAAUUUUCCUUUACUUGUAUAAAUCGAUUCAUGUGACAUAGUAAUUCUUUGGAUAAA